AUGGGCGUGGAAGCACUGGAUCACGCUUUGGAGGGUUACAAUGUCUGUGUGUUUGCCUACGGGCAGACGGGUUCAGGCAAGUCCUACACCAUGAUGGGAAAGCCAGACGACCCGGAACACAUGGGACUGUCACCGCGUCUCUGUCGUGACCUCUUCUCCCGCCUGGAGAAGAUACAGAAGCAAAGAGGACAGGAGUUCCAAAGCAUCGUCGAGCUUUCCUACAUGGAAAUCUACUGCGAGCGGGUACGAGAUUUGCUGAAUCCCUAUGGGAAAAGUAAUCUGCGAGUUCGUGAACACCCAGUCUAUGGACCCUAUGUGGAGGAUCUGUCCCGAUGUGCAGUUCAGUCAUUCGAUGAGAUCAACGAAUUGAUUGAGGCUGGAAAUAUGUCCAGAACUGUUGCCGCAACGAAUAUGAAUGAGACUAGUAGCAGGUCUCACGCCGUUCUCACCCUUCUUGUGACCCAAAGGGAAAUCGACGCACAAGCACAACUUGCUGCUGAAAAAGUAGCCUCUUUCAUCCCUGCACAUAAACUGAAGACAAUUAAUUGGGAGCAGUAG